ACGGGGAUGGAUACGGGGGUGUGGAAGGCAGAUGCUCAGGAAAAGGAGGAUUCUGUUAAAAGCCCAGACUACAUAGAAAGACUGGCACGAAAAUACAUGCAGAAGUGCACAGUGGAAUCAAGCACAGAGUCUGAGUCUGAAUCCAGGGCAGAGGUUGUGCCUAGCCCACUUGCUGGACGACCCAAGAAAGCAAAGGAAUCCAGGGGACUACAAUUUUUAGAUCCUUAUGAUGGUGAUUCAGAAGAUGCCUCUGUUCACACUGACUGUGGUAUAAAAUAUGCACCAUGGACAAACAGUGCCUCAAAAGCAAUGCCUCUGGAGGAUGCUGAUACUUCAGAAGACGAAGAAUCCUUCCAUAACCCUCCAAAUGUCGGUGAAAUUCAGGCAGUAAAUGGCUGCAGCGCAGACCUGGAGCUUGCCGGCCUCCAGAGGGAUCCCUCGCAGCCUCCAGCCACAGAAGCAUUUAUCCCCACGGGACUGACACCUGACCACGCCUUACUGAUGGCUGUUAACCCUUCAGUCCCCGCAGAGCUCCCUGCAAUCCAGGCUGACACUGCUCCACAGCCCCUGCUCACAGCUCGCUGGGAUGGCUCAAUGGCACAGCAGCCCGUAAUUAAAAGAAAACAAGGGACUCCUGUCCCAGAGGCUGCUAGUGAAAAACUAAAGAGAAAGAAAUUCCGUGCAACUUAAUCUAAGGGAUGAAUAAAUCAUUGGAAAAACUGUUCUGAAGGAUCAUUCCUGGUAGAGAUUUCUUUUGUAGAGUGUACCUGAACUAAAGAGGUUAUAAAUGCACUGCACUGUA